CAGUGCAAACAAAUUAUAUAAUGUGUUGGUUCCUACGAAAGACCCCAGCAAAUUUUCCUGACUGUACAGGGAAGGCACAAAAAAAUUGCAUUAACUUCGACCCUGAAGAAGACUAUAUCUAAUGGUGCAUUCCGGCCGAACAGAGAGGUUCUGAAUGUCCUAAUCCGACCCCGACAACACAAACAAGCUCCACUAAACGCAGAAGGAACUGUCCUAGACAUCGCAGAACCGCUGAUCCAGGGAACAAACAAGAGUCGGGAGGCGAGGCGGGUAGUGGAGACGGCGUAGCUGUGAGCGUUGGGGCUUGAUGUGUGGCUUGGCAAUAAUCACGUGCGGAGUCCAUCCGAAUCUGUGACACGUAUCAGCCUUCUUAUCAAAUACAUCUUUUAGUUUAACAUGCUUCAACUGUUUAUUAUCAUCGACUUGAAAAUGGCAGCAUCAUUAUUCAUGGACCUGGAUGGUAUGCCUAUUCUGGACAGCGAUGUUAUAGGAUAUGGAGGAUCGGGGGUUGUGGUCCGUCGAGGAAACUUGGCCAUUAAAAUGCCCCUGAGAUAUCCCGGGAGUUCUGAAGAAGACGUGCAAUCAAAUAUCAAGGUUCUUCAACACGAGCAAGAAGUCUAUCGUCGGUUCAAUUCUUUUACAGAAGACCUUAUUGACCGUAUUGUCCCGUGCAGUCGGCUGUGCACGAAUGCCAUUGAACUGGGCUUCAUGGAAAAUGGAGAUCUCCGCAGUUAUUUACAGAAACACCAGCCAUCCCGCACUGUCCAAAUUGCGUGGUUCCGCCAGAUGGCUCGAGCACUUGAGCAGAUCCAUGGCAAAUACGUACUACUGUGUGAUAUUGCAAGCCGCAACAUUCUCCUCGACUCUGAUUUAUCCAUCAAAAUCUGUGAUUUCAGCGAGGCGUCUAUCCUACCAUUAGGAACUACUAUGGAAACGGUGAAUGAUCAAGGAUUUUCGGUACAGACAGAUAUUGGGUUGCUCGGGGCGGUGAUUUACGAAGUUAUAGCUGGUCAACAAUGCAAAUUCAAUCUUUUCGAUGGUCCUGCUGCUAGCCAAGCUACCUUCCCCCAUCGAACUUCGCUUCCUAGUACGGCUUCACUGUGGCUUGGACAUAUCAUCGAAAAGUGCUGGACUGUAGGAGGUUUUCAAAAUGCGCAUGCCUUGUCACAGGCUCUCGAAUCUGCCGAUUUGGAGCAGGAAAAUCAUUCCACAAACAAGAAAUGUACAACGCUGCUUGAGUACUUCAGAGGCGAGACGGAAACUUCAAUCAUUGUAUUAGCAAUAACUUUUAGUGCCUUGAUAGCUGUCACAACCUGGGUUAGAAGACAAACAUAG